AAAGAGAGGAGAGAGGCCAGGCAUUGUGUCCAUGGAUUGAAAUGCACUGAAAGAGUAGUUUUGCAGCCUUAGAUCAUGUCAUGUCUUCAGCUUUUGCAGGAGAGGAUGAGAGAUGAUGGAAUACAAAAAGACUGAAGAUUUUGCAUGUCAGCAAAUUCAGGCUGUAAAAGUUUGCAAGCAGGUGGCUCCCAGGCUGCAUAUGCCAGAGUUUGGUGCAGUUUAGAGAGCUGCAAUUCUGCAGCGUGAUUUUGGACAAAGCCUCCCUUGUUUCAUUUUGCCUAGAGAGGGCUCGAUAUUCAUUACACUGCUGCCUUUAUCAGCACAUGAAGGAAUUUGCCUUAUAAAAGUUAUACCAGUGCCUUCCAAAGCUCUGCCAGGAGCAGAACGAGUUCUGUUGUUAUCAGCACACUGACACCAGUCUAACCGGCCUAAGGCUGUCUGUAGUACUUGAGUUCUGAGGGAAUGGGUUAGCCUGGCCUGUGAAUAUCUGCGAGUGCACUUUGUGGGCUCUCUACUGACCACCCAGCUUCUUUCUUUGCUUGAACAUAUUGGCAGAGGAGGUUUCUGAAACUCAGUAGAGUUUGCACUGGAAAGGAAAACUUCCUGGAGCACUCCUCCAAUCAGUAAGACUUACCUUAAAUGCAGCUCCCUGUAAUAGCUCAUUCCAUAUGAAACUGGCCAUCCGGGUCAUGAAUUCCCCAAUUUCUCUGCAGCCAUCCAUCAGGCAAGUCUUGUUCUCGUUAGAAAGAAGUGCUGCUGGAAUGCAGGCAGCUUUAUUACAGUAGAGGAGGGACUUCUGAAAGUGCUGAAAACUCUUCUGUCUCUCUCCUUUUCUCUUGCAGCAGGAUGAGAGCACCAAAUGAAAGCUAAUAAGGCAUUAGCAUGCAGCCUGCCAGCAGAGAGCUAGCCUUGGGGAUUACAAGCAAAUAGAGAGCUAGUCAUUUUUGAAUAGUGCUGCCUUGUUUCUCAGAUGAAAGUCUUUUGAAAACUCUUCUCUUUCUGCUUUGCUUUGUCAGCCUCUUUUUGUGAGCGUGAAGUUUGUCGGACUUUAACCCCAACCAUCACCAUCCCAAAGUGGAUUUGUAGACAGGCAAACCACUGCUCCCUUCCCAACAUGAGCAAAGGUGUCUUUCUCUGACAAGUAGGGCCAAAACUGCUCCUUGCCAGAUUCUUCCUGCUCACCCUGUCAGAAGCAUCAGGGGAAAGGCCAUGUUGCCACCCACAGUACACUCCUGUCAACUUGAGGAGUUGUAAAUCCUACACUGAGGGCUCAACAAAGUUUUGUCCAAGUGAGCUGCACUUCCUUUCUGUUCAGCUCCAUCCUGGUGACGCAUGAGAUAGCGCAGACCAAAGGGAGUAAUUCAGCCCACCUCCUAUGGAUAUUUUCAGAGCCUGCAGUAGGGAGAUCACCCAACAAAGUGGCCUGAGCUGUGGCAAAACGUGAAGGUUUUUCUCUGCAGUGGCUGCUAAGCUCAAGCUGCCAGCUUGCAGCUGGAGAUUCUGAUUUCGCGUACAUAGGAGUGUGAAUCAAUAUUAUUUUCCCGUAAGUAUAGAAGAGGAAAACUGCUGUCCUUUCCAAUGUGUGGUUGGCAUUUGUCUCCUGUCCUCAUGAUGCUCUCUAGCAAAAUUUUUUCUGAGGUGGCAGUGAAUCAACCCAUGAAACUCAGAUGAGAAAAUGGGAGUGCUAGAUGUUACAGAACACAUAUGGCUUGAUAGCAUAUGGUACAAACCUCUUCAGUGUUGCAACACUUGUUUCUUUAAGCAUAUGCUUGUUUGGGGUUGCACAGAAGCAUUUUCUCCCUUUUUUUCUGAUGCACACAACCAGAAGAGGCCUUGAAAAGGAGGAAUAAGUAAGUCACAGUGAAAUAGCAUAUUUAGGGAGCCUACACCUGCAUGUAACAUUUCUCGUGGCAAUGUGCAAUCUGUCUCCCAUCACUGAGCACUGGGGAUCUGAACUCAGGCCAAAUUCUGCAGAACUUCUCAAUUUUCACCUUAGUUUUGAGAUAAAUUCCCUCUGUACUACCAACAGAGUGACCUGACUUUGACUUUUGCCCGUGCUGACCCUCGCAGCAGCUGAUUCCCAUUUUCUCAAGGUAUGGGAGAGGCACAGUUCACAUAGUUUUGUCAUUGAAUUUAAGAAACCCAGUGAGAUCUUUGAAGCAGCCUUAGCUCAGCUGCUGAGACCAAAACCACUGCAAGCACUGGUCUCACUGCAGAAACCCAUGCUGCAGGUCCUCAGCCAGACAAUCCCCCUAGCAGUUUUGAUGUGCUGUUUUGAGCUACAUUUUUUGUAAGGAUGCAGCUGGGCUUGAUCUGAAACCUCCCAAAUUGCCUGCUUUCCUUGGAAGUUUCUCCUAGCAGAUCAACACCAGCCUAUUAAAAUCUUGUGUGUUAAUUUGCAGCCAGCCAUCACCGUGCCUCUCUCUGCCAGAUAAAAGCAGUGUGAGCACCCGGCUUUUCCUCACUGGGACAUCCUUCACACAGCACAGAGUUGUGUCAUGGGCCACUUUUUGAGAAGCUCGGAGUUUUUUCAGUCUCUCUGCAGUUUUGAUGGUGAUGACAACACUCCGUGCUGCUGACGUAGGCUGGUGGCAGCAGUUAAGCUGUGAAGAACAGCCCUAAGGUGAAGUUUGCUGUAGAUAUUUGAGGCUGUGGAUGCUCCUCAUUGGGUUUCAGGCAGCUUUUAGCCACCAUGUGCUAUGAACACAAGUCUGAAGACCAAAGGUUGUCUCAGCAGAGCGCUUCCACUAAGCAGCCAGAAAGUGCCUGAUGGAUGCAUCCCAUUCUAAAAGUACAGCUGAGCAACUGGGAAUAAAUCCUGUUGACCUUCGAUUAAUUGUCAGUGUUUUCCUCUCGGCCUGUUACGAGCAGCCUUACCUACAGACAGCAAGCAUGGCAAGAGUGCAGCCUGCUGCCCCAGCUGGCCGUAACAUGAAUUAAGUUGCAUUAGCACAGUUAAAUAUAGACAGUAUCGACACACGCAAGCUCUCCGUGCCUUGGGCUCUGCUGAGCCAAGCGGCAGAGGAUCAGCCAGUAGGUCAAAGCUGAUCCCACUGUAACUGCUCCAAUUUAGAGCCAUGGAUUUGGGCUGCGGGUGGUGCUUGCCCUCCCUAAGCAUUAAACCCAUGGGGGUUUUGCAUUUAGGAGACAGUCGCCUUUCCAGGGCACUUGGUCACUUUGCUUUUCGGGAGCUUGGCAGCAAAUGCCUCGUUGGAAAGGCUGCAGAGCAGGGAGAUGUGAGGAGGAGAUGCAUUUAACUCCCUUGCAGGGGGAAGCAGGGAGAAAGGGACAAAGGAAAACUGCUUUGCCCGCAGCCAGCAGCUGCUGCUGCCCUGCAAGCACUGGGGCCAUCGCCCCAUGCAUGACAUAUGAAUGAGCUUUAAAUGGAAAAACACCACAGUAGAGCCCCUGUGCUCUAAAUUAAGCCACCGCUGAGCCAAGAGGGGUGUUGGGUUUCUCUCUCAUCCUCUCCCCUCUGAGCCCUGCUCAGAGCUGGCCGGUCCCACAGGACAGGGCAGCCUCACUCAACAAAUGCCACCUCAAUCCCCACGCAUCUCCUCUUACAGAGCAAAAGCUCCAAACCCCAUCUGCUGGCACAGGAUGAAGCAUUGGGUUUUAGAGCAGCUCAUUUGUCAGCAAGAAUAGCUAUCUGUACUUUUUCAGGAAGAAAAGGGGAUCUUGACAAGAAAGGCUAAAGGCAACAGGCUUCAACUAAUGUGGGGUGUUGUCUUUGCCCAGUGCUGGGAGCUUUCUUCGGAGCCCUUCCCAGGGCAGCAGGAGAUCCUGGGGGGAGUGUGGGGCUUUGGUGGGAUCGCUGGGGGUCAGGAGGGGUAGGUAGGACUGUUAUGGGGGACUGAGAGGUGUUAUGAGUGAACUGGGAUGGAAGAUUGAAAAGUUGGAUGGAUGGGUGGGCGGGUGUAUGGAUGGAUGAGUAGAUGUGUGGGUGGAUAGAUGGAAGUUUGAAUGGAUUGAUAUUUAGAUGGAUGGAUGGAUGUCCCCAUGUUCCCUUCUCCCAAGCUGUUCUGCUAGCCACAGAGGUGCCUGCUGAAUUCCUCGUUGACAAGUUCCCAGCAGCACAUGUGCAUGGGCAGACUUGGUGGGGGAACUUGAAGCAGUAUGAAGCAACCCACAUGGUUUAUUACAAUCCUCUCUCCUUCCAUUUCACCCCAUAGAGAGCUGCUCCAGCAGCAGGGAGACAGCAAUACAAAGCAGGUGGAAGUGGCCAGGAGGAGGGCGUCCCCAUCUGACAUCUCACGUUGGUGCUAUGCCCCAUUGGGAUGGAGCUGGGUGCUUCCCAUUGAGCCCCGCUACCUUCCCACUCACUUCCCCGCACACAAAAGGGAGGAGUGCCCUCUGCUCAUGUGCCACAUCUUCCAGCAACCCGACAGAUGUUUGAAGAUACUGUCAUUAAAUCAGCUCGAGGCCAUAAACAGCCCUUAGCAGUAAAGCUGCAGUACUGGGGCAAUAAAGCACAGAGGUGUCCCCUGUGCUGAGGAAGGCACGCUGGUCGCAUUAAAAAUAAAUCUUAUUAUAUUAGAAAUGGAGAGCGAGGUUUUUUUUUUUUCCUAAUUUAUUUUAAUAUCUAUAAAUUAAAGCCAAAUGAUUUUUAUCACCGCUGUUCCCAGAGCCUUGUGAAAAACUGCUGCACCUACGCUGCACUUUCCAUCCGGGAAGCUCACAAAUUACUCAGGGUAAAAACGAAACGUAAAAUUAGAUAAAAGGGAAGGCAAGAUAAAAUAAUGAAAUAAUGAAAUAAAAUAAUAAGAGUAAAGGGACCUGCUUUCCUCCUUUCUCAGGCGGUGAACGUGCUGAGGGCACCCAACGUGGAGCGCACCCAAGGAGAAGGAUUUGGGGACAGACACAGCUUUCCCUGCUCUGGGGCUCCCCGAUGUAUUCCGGACAUCAACCACACCUGCUGUCAGUGAGUGGAGGUUCAUCACGGUCACAUGGAGCAUGGUCUGGAUCCCCUACGCCCACCAGUAACCCACAGCUAUGGGGGUUAAGGCUAUGCUGCCCAGCCACGAGCUGGGCUUCUACGCUCUCGUUGUGACCUGUGCUGUGCUGUACAGCAGCAGUGGUAUCUUUGAGGCAUCCAGAGACAGCAUGAACAGAAAAGCCUUUCGGGAUGGUAUCAAGCCAGGCUGGCACUACUUUGGCAGGAAGAUGGACGUGGCUGACUUCGAGUGGGUGAUGUGGUUCACCUCCUUCAGGAACGUCAUCAUCUUCACCCUCUCAGGACACGUCCUCUUUGCCAAGGUGUGCUCCAUGACAGUGCCACAGCACCGGGCCGUGGUAUACAUGCUGUACGGGAUGCUGGCUGUGCUGGGCAGCAUGGGGCUCGCCUACCUGAUGAUCAUCCUUUCCCACUGCCUCAUCCUCUACUCCGUGGCGCUGUCCAAGCAGAAGUGGCUCUGCUAUGUGGCUGGGCUCUGCUGCCUCGCCUCCAUCAAGCUGGAGCCCUUCAGCUCCUGGCAGAGCGGGUUUGUAACAGGAGCUUUUGAUCUUCAAGAUGUCCUUUUCUAUGGAGGAAGUGGCUUCACCAUCAUGCGCUGCAUGAGCUUCGCGCUCGAGAGCUCCGAGAGGCAGGAGGGCAUCUUCUCCAUCUUUGACCUCCUCAAGUACAACUUCUACCUUCCCUUCUUCUUCUUCGGGCCUGUCAUGACGUUUGACCAGUUUCACAGCCAGGUGAGCACCCGAGAUCUGCGCCGCAAAGAGGAUGAGAUGAGGAACAUUCGGGUCCAUGCCCUCCUCCAUGUGGGGGCCAUCAUCGCUGUGGACAUCUUCUUCCACUUCUUCUACAUCCUCACCCUCCCUUCCGACCUGAAGUUUGUGAACCGCCUCUCAGACUGGGCUUUGGCUGGCUUGGCCUAUUCCAAUUUGGUGUACGACUGGGUCAAAGCUGCUGUCAUGUUUGGGGUCAUCAACACCAUUGCCAGACUGGACCACUUGGACCCACCCCAGCCCCCAAAAUGCAUCACCAUGCUCUACGUCUUUGCAGAAACGCAUUUUGACAGAGGGAUCAAUGACUGGCUGUGCAAGUAUGUGUACGACCACAUCGGAGAGAACCACGACAACGUCAUGAAGGAGCUCAUGGCCACCAUUGCCACCUUUGCUGUCACCACUCUGUGGUUGGGACCCUGUGAGAUUGUUUACAUCUGGUCUGUCUUCAACUGCUUUGGCCUCAACUUUGAGCUCUGGGUGCAGAAAUUCUUCCAGUGGGAGCCCCUCUCCAAACUGGAGGCCAAAAUGUCAGAGGCCACAUCUCGGCGGAUUAGGGCUGUUUUUGGGGCAGCAAAUUUCUGGGCCAUCGUCCUCUACAACAUCCUAGCCCUCAACAGCCUGGAGUUUGCACUGCUGGUCACCAGGAGACUCCUUGUGACAGGUUUCCCUGUCAGCACCUUGUCCAUCUGGUUCAUCACAUACUGUGGAGUGCAGCUGAUCAAAGAGCGUGAACGCAUUCUGGCCAUGGAAGAAGAGAAGAGUGACAAACCCAAGGCAGAGUAGAGGAAGACAUCAGUGGGCUUGCCCCAAAGCCUGGACUCCUUUCUGACUGCCUCUGCCAGGCCAGACACUGGCAGGGGCUCUCCAAGCACUCCUGGCAAUCAGACUGCUGUAGAUCACCUAUAGAGAAGUCAUCUGGAAGGCACAUGCCACCCCUUUGCUGCAGGGAUCUCCUGUGGCACAGCAGGCAUUCUGCACGCUCCCCACAAAUGGAGGACCACUGAGAUAGGCUCCUGAGACACAUCUUUAAGACUCCAUCCUUCUGACCCUUUGACACCAAUGCAGACCUAGAGAUUUCACCCUCUGCUCCCCAUAACACCCGAUCCACCAGCAUCUGGUUCUCCCACAGCACCUGCAGCCCAGGUCUCCCACCUCCAGAUCACUUCCAGCCAAAGCAUCACAUUUUUCUUUUGCUACAAGAAAUGGUCAUCAUAUACCGUAAAUGGUUCAACAUCUGGGGCUGUGCAUUAAGGACUGUGAAAUGGGCUCAGCACAAUGAAUGCCUACCAAGAGGCUAAUAAAUAAAUAGAACAGUCUUUUACAGAAAAGGGAAAGAGGUUCAGGAACUGCACAGGGAAGAGUAAUUGUCUUCCUACUGCUGUCAGCAGUGCAGAGUGAUGUUUGUUAGUAUCUCAGAACAGGUCCCUUCAGUCCUAAACAUCUUGAGAAAUGAUUUAGUGCCAGCCUCAGGUGUUGUCAGUGGCAAUGCAGGGGGUAUGCCUGCUUCACAGCCAGAGCACAUCAUGUACUGCUCGUCUGCAGGGUGGGCAUGUGGAAAGAACAGCACAGAUCACAAAGCUCAGCCCAGACCCAGCUCAGCCCCAAAGGGCCCUUUGCUGUGGGCCUGCUAUUGGUGUGGCCACCACAACCACCUCGCUGUGACACAUGCCCUGGGACUCAAACCAAGUACCACUCAGCUUUAUUGCAUGCCAUGGACAAAAGUUUAAGCUCACAUUCCUGUCCACAGUCGAGCGCUCAGUAGCCAAUUCUUGCCCAUCUCCAGCCACCCAGCCUGACUUUGAUGCACACAGCCUAAGCCUGUGCUACAUGAGCACACACACAUACAUACAACCAAAGGAGAAAGGCACCAAAUGAAGGGCAGUGCUUUGGGGCUGGGUGGUGGAGGGGAAGUGCCUGAUAGCCUCCUUGGAGAGGUAGACUUUGGGGCACUGUAUGGGAAGUGCAUUGAAUAAAUGACCCCGCGGUGCCUUGGGGAGGAGGUGGGUCUAUCACUGAAAAUAGAUCCAGCUCUCUUGCACUUUGCAGCAGCUUUCAGUGGCCUUAUGUCUGAACGAUGUCAAUGUAUGGUGAGGGUAGAAUCUGGACCACUUUGCAACACGAGUUGAGACGCUUGGUGCUGCUGUGUUCUGGCUUCCCUGUGGAUGAAGCAGGAAUGGUUACUUGUCAGCUUUCACCUCUGCCAAAGUGAUUUACAAAGUCCCUGAUUAAUGUCAUUUAUUUAUGUAGUAAAAAAUUGUUGGACAUCUAUGGUA